AUGUCGUCUCAAUCCGAAUCGUCUUCCUCCAGUUCUUCUGGAAGCGACACAGAAGAAGUUUUUAACAUGGAAGAAGAUUUGUCUAACUUCGUUCCUUACGAAGAAGAUUUAGAGCCGCUGGCAACAGAGGAGGAAGCAGCCGAGCAAGAUGCCAGGAUGGCUGAAGAACUUGAAGAGGAACUCCGCUAUCAGGCAAGAUUUGACCGUGAAGUGGAUGUUAAUACAUGGUAUGACCAUUGAACUGUUUUUGUUUAAGUUUCUGAGCAAUGAUCUGUAUUUUUUUUACUUUUGUUUGGUCGUGCUUUAUUACAAAGUAAACAUGAAAGCCUCUGUUUGCACUUAUUAGUUUUUGUUGACGCCGCCGAUCGCCUCUGUUACCAUGCAAACUGAGUCCCAGUUUGUUAUCGCUGAGGUUUUUUUAAUGGCUUUUAGAAUCUUUUUUCCGAUUAAUUAUAUUAUUCGUAAUCUAUUUCAUUUUUUAUUCCAGUUUAUAUUCGAACACUAUUGUUUCUGUACUUUUGGGACUGCAGGUGCUCCUGCUCGAAUUGCUCAGUUGACUUCACCACUAAACCAGAAGAGUGCCAGUGCUGCCGGGAAAUCGACCGCUGUGGUGAAGUUAUGGAAAGGUUUGGCGAUACCAGUCAGUGUAUUACUCUCCAUCCUGGGUUCCAGGAUGUCUGCCUCAAUCAGCACGUUUUAGAAGUAGCAGCAUUGGGAUUGAAAACAAAAUCUGGAAAGUCGUACCGAGUAUUGUAUGACCAAGGACGAAAAUCACAGUCAGAGUAAGUUUCCUAGCUACUACCACUUCUCACGUUCUCUUGGGAAAAUAAAGUCUUGAACAUUUGAAUACAAAAGCAUUGUGAUGUUUUAAAAUUCACCUUUUGUGAUUCUACUCUUUGCUUAUUUAGCUGGUGUUUGAUUUUUCCUUCUAUUUAUACUGAACCCAGUGAUUUCACCUAGUAGUGAGUCAACACCCAACUAGUUCAACCGUCAAUUGAGUUCACUUCAUAUUUGCUCAUAGUGAAUUAGCCUCAUAAAUAGUUAGCCCCCCCCCCCAAAAAAAAAAAAAAAAAAAUUUAUGUGGGUCUGUAUUGUUACUAAAAGUGUCUUGUACCAAAAUGGAAAUUCUAAUCUCCAGGUUGUUAUUACGCAUGCAUCGCAUGUAGGUUGCCACCAUUUCUUUGGACUUCCAGUAAGAUUGAAUGAAAUGCACAGAACGCAAUUUGAUCACGUGCGCUUGGACAUUUUAUCACUUUGUAAUCACUCUGUAAUCUGAUCACUCUUUUUUUUACUAUCUCUCACGUGAAGCUUAUGCAAAGAACACCCAGCGCAGUGAUGGAGUUAAAUUUUUUUGACCUUUUGAUUGUUGUUGACCGCACUCCAUAACGUUUGGUUAUUACUAGUUAUACUUUCCUAGAAGUAACUUCUGAACUUGUUGUUUUGAAAGGUUUUUGAGGUCAGUGGCAUACCGCCAAUUUACCAGGCUGCUAUGGGAUUUUACUGGCAGUUCCCGGCGAUACCCUCUGCCAUGCUGUGCUUAUAAGAUGAUUAGAAAAAAGUUUCCAGAAGAGAGUCAAAAUUACCAUGGAUUUGAAGAUGAUGAUUGA